UCUCGGUUACUUAAGCACGAGGAAAGAGCCAUUCUGCCUCACAAAGAGCCUUUAGAAAAAAUCAACUUGGGUUCUGAAGAAGACAAAAAAGAAGUGACCAUUGGAUCGCUGCUUGAUGCUGAUAUCAAGAGUAAGUUGACAGACCUUCUCAAAGAAUAUGUUGACGUGUUUGCCUGGUCCUACCAAGACAUGCCUGGGUUGGAUACCAAUAUUGUUCAGCAUUACUUGCCAUUGAAGCCAGAAUGUCCGCCGGUUAAGCAGAAAUUGCGAAGGACUCACCCUGAUAUGGCUAACAAGAUUAAAGUGGAAGUUCAGAAACAGCUCGACGCAGGUUUUCUUGUCACCUCCGAGUAUCCCCAAUGGUUGGCCAACAUAGUGCCAGUUCCGAAGAAAGAUGGCAAAGUCAGAAUGUGUGUUGACUACCGUGACUUGAACAAGGCCAGUCCAAAAGAUGACUUUCCAUUACCACAUAUCGACAUGCUGGUUGAUAACACUGCUAAGUUCAACGUCUUUUCCUUCAUGGACGGGUUCUCCGGUUAUAAUCAGAUCAAGAUGGCUCCUGAAGACAUGGAGAAGACAUCUUUCAUCACCCCAUGGGGUACCUUUUGCUACAAAGUGAUGCCGUUUGGAUUAAAGAAUGCAGGUGCAACUUACCAAAGGGCAAUGACUACUCUCUUUCAUGACAUGAUGCAUAAAGAAAUUGAAGUUUAUGUGGACGACAUGAUAGCCAAGUCCAGCACAGAAGAAGAACAUAUUGAAUACCUUUUGAAGUUGUUUCAACGACUAAGGAAAUAUCAGCUUCGCUUGAAUCCUAACAAAUGUACUUUUGGGGUUAGAUCUGGAAAACUCUUGGGUUUCAUUGUCAGCCAAAGAGGAAUUGAAGUAGAUCCCGACAAAGUCAGAGCUAUUCAAGAGAUGCCUGCACCAAAAACUGAAAAGCAAGUAAGAGGAUUUCUCGGACGAUUGAACUAUAUCUCCAGAUUUAUCUCUCAAAUGACUGCUACUUGUGGGCCAAUUUUCAAGCUUCUCCGCAAAGAUCAAGGGGUUGUAUGGACUGAAGAUUGCCAGAAAGCGUUCGACAGUAUCAAAGAGUACCUGUUAGAACCACCAAUAUUGAUUCCUCCAGUUGAAGGAAGACCAUUAAUCAUGUACCUUACUGUGUUAGAAGAAUCCAUGGGUUGUAUGCUUGGACAACAAGAUGAAACCGGUAAGAAGGAGCAUGCCAUCUAUUACUUGAGUAAGAAAUUCACAGAUUGUGAGUCUCGUUACUCCAUGCUCGAAAAAACAUGUUGUGCUUUGGCUUGGGCUUCAAAACGUCUCCGCCAAUACAUGAUCAACAAUACUACUUGGUUAAUCUCCAAAAUGGAUCCGAUCAAGUAUGUCUUUGAAAAGCCUGCCUUAACAGGAAGGAUUGCCCGAUGGCAAAUGCUGUUAUCCGAAUAUGACAUUGAAUACCGUGCUCAAAAAGCGGUCAAGGGAAGCAUUCUCGCCGAUCACUUGGCGCAUCAACCAAUUAAUGAAUAUCAAUCUCUCAAGUUUGACUUUCCUGAUGAAGAUGUCUUGUACUUGAAGAUGAAAGAUUGUGACGAACCGUUACCUGAAGAAGGUCCUGAGCCUGGAUCAAGAUGGGGCCUAAUUUUUGAUGGAGCAGUAAACGCUUUUGGCAAUGGAAUUGGGGCAAUCAUCAUCACUCCCAAGGGUACUCAUAUCCCAUUCUCCGCCAGAUUGCUAUUUGAUUGCACCAACAACAUCGCAGAAUAUGAAGCUUGUAUCAUGGGUCUCGAAGAAGCCAUUGACUUAAGGAUCAAGAUCCUUGACAUAUAUGGAGAUUCCGCUCUCGUGAUCAACCAAAUCAAAGACAAGUGGGAAACUUACCACCCUGGCUUGAUUCCUUACAGAGAUUAUGCAAGACGUCUGUUGACUUUCUUCAACAAGGUUGAAUUGCAUCAUAUACCUCGAGAUCAGAAUCGAAUGGCAGACGCCUUGGCUACUCUAUCUUCCAUGUUCAAAGUCAAUCACUGGAAUGAUGUGCCUAAAGUCAGAAUUACGCGCCUUGAAAGGCCCGCCUAUGUGUUUGCAACUGAAGCAGUCAUCGAUGAUAAACCGUGGUUUCACGACAUCAAACGCUUCCUUCAAACUCAAGAGUACCCGCUUGGGGCAUCAAACAAAGAUAAGAAAACUCUAAGGAGACUUUCUGGCAGUUUCUUCCUGAACGGAGAUGUGCUAUACAAAAGAAAUUUCGACAUGGUUUUGCUCAGAUGCGUGGACAGACACGAAGCAGACAUGUUAAUGCAUGAAGUGCAUGAAGGGUCCUUUGGAACUCAUUCAAAUGGGCAUGCAAUGUCCAAAAAGAUCUUAAGAGCAGGAUACUAUUGGUUGACAAUGGAAUCUGAUUGUUACAAACACGUGAAGAGAUGUCACAAGUGCCAGAUCUAUGCAGAUAAGAUCCAUGUGCCACCGACUCUACUCAACGUUCUCUCAUCUCCAUGGCCUUUCUCCAUGUGGGGUAUCGACAUGAUUGGAAUGAUCGAACCGAAAGCUUCAAACGGUCAUCGUUUCAUCUUAGUAGCAAUUGAUUACUUCACCAAAUGGGUCGAAGCAGCAUCUUACGCCAAUGUUACAAGACAAGUGGUUGUGAGGUUUAUCAAGAAUAACAUCAUUUGCCGAUAUGGUAUUCCCAGCAAGAUCAUUACUGAUAAUGGUUCAAACCUGAAUAACAAGAUGAUGAAAGAAUUGUGUGAGGAAUUCAAGAUUGAGCAUCAUAACUCUUCUCCUUACAGACCAAAAAUGAACGGCGCCGUUGAAGCUGCUAACAAGAACAUUAAGAAGAUCGUCCAGAAAAUGGUCGUCACUUACAAAGACUGGCAUGAAAUGCUGCCAUUUGCUUUACAUGGGUACCGUACUUCAGUGCGUACUUCAACAGGGGCAACUCCCUUUUCUCUAGUAUACGGCAUGGAAGCUGUGCUCCCCGUAGAAGUCGAAAUCCCAUCAAUGAGAGUCCUCAUGGAGACUAAGUUAUCAGAGGCUGAAUGGUGUCAAAGCAGAUACGAUCAGUUGAACUUAAUCGAAGAAAAACGUAUGACUGCUCUAUGCCAUGGACAGUUAUACCAAGCAAGGAUGAAACAAGCUUUCAACAAAAAGGUUCGACCUCGUGAAUUUCAAGAAGGCGACCUCGUGCUUAAAAAGAUCUUGUCUUUUCAACCAGAUUCUAGGGGCAAAUGGUCUCCUAAUUAUGAAGGCCCGUAUGUUGUCAAAAGAACAUUUUCUGGCGGCGCCAUGAUUCUUGCAACCAUGGAUGGUGAUGAACUCCCACAUCCUGUGAAUGCUGAUGCAGUCAAGAAAUACUUUGUCUAAAAAAUACAAAAGAACAGCUCGGUAAGUCGAAAACCCGCAAAGGGCGACUUAGGCAAAAAUGAGCGUCUCGGUGGACUGAAAACCCGAAAGGGCGGUCCAGGCAAAAAUUAGAGACAAUAAACAGAAAAAAUUCAUCCUGGUAGAUUGAAAACCUGAAAGGGCAAUCUAGGCAAAAAUUAGGGAUUUAUGACAAAGUAACUGCAUUAGUCUAUACUUCGUCACCUGAAAAGUCUGUACUUCAUCAAAGGAUCUUCAAUCAAAUCAUUAUCAAUCUGAAGCGACAAGCACAGUUGGAACUCAAAGUUAUUAGAGGGAAUAGUGGUUAUUGCUUUCAAUGUAGCCUUUUCCGCAUAAUUACCAUUUCCAACUUUUGUAAAUACUCCAUGGAAUCACGCCUUUAGCUGAUUACCAUCCUAUUAAAUAAAUUUGAGCCUUGUGCCCAUUUGUUUGCAAUCUUUAAUUUCUUUCAGCUUGCAAAAUGACGCUUUAAUUGUGUUAUUCGUUUUUGAAAAAAAAAAGGAAAAAAUAAGUUUUAAAUGAAUUUACUUCACUUUUCUUUUUCAAAAUAAAAGCGAAAUUUUCCUUUGAGUUGUGAACAACGGAAGGAACAUCAGCAGUCGUCUCCAUAGGACGAACAAAAAGGAUUCUCCCGGAAAAAAUUGUUGAGACAACGGUAUUCUUGUCCCAGAAAAGAAUUCUUGAAGCAAUUACCCCUCGAGGUAAAGAAGCUCUUCUAUCCCCAGUGAAGAAGGUCUUUUAUUCCCAAUGAAGAAGAUCUCCAAUCUCCAGUGAAGAGGUUCUUUCAUCUCAAUGAGAAAAGAUGCUCAUCUUCCCCAGAGAAGUUUAAAGCACGCAACACCAUUCAUCACCUGUGUUAUCUACACCGUGUUGAAAAACAUUUGCCAAGUAUCUGGUUGUAUUGCGACGUUGGUCCUUCUCCAGUAUAUACUUCUUUGUCUGUCAGUAUUGUCAGCAUGCAUGCUACAUUCUUGACAUUCAUCAUUCAUACAUAUUUGCAUCAUUUAUACAUUCUUGCAUUUUUCAAUGUUUGCCUCAAUAUUCACAUG